AGCUUAUUUAAUUUCAAAUUGAAACACAAACAAUGGAAACAUACACCGAUACACAUUUAAUGUCUAAAACACAUAUUCACAAACUUGUAAAACUACUUCUAGUAAAAGUUUAGCACUGUUUCCUGAGAAUGAACCUGAUUACGUGUUUUGACAUGUCUGACUGUCGUUCUUCUCAUUCUCACGUCUCGUCCUGGUAGAAGGAAUUUCAGAGCUACUGUUCAACACGACAGAGAAAGAUCGACAAACAUUAUUUGAUUUCUGUUUUAACAGGUUUAAGUUCUGAAGAAAGCUUCCUGCUCCACAGUUCUUUAUGAAAAUACAGAAUUGAGAGGGGUUUCAGAACAACAACUGCUCGAGACGCCAGUUCAGUGGACGAAUAGAAAAAUCUACAUCAUUAUUCAUGGGCAUUUACAGCAUCUGUGGGGUAUUCUGAGCUGAAACUUCACAGACACAUUCUGGGGACCCCUUUAACAGCUGUGAGUCAGUGAAAGGACAAUGGCAUCUGUUCAAGAUCUGCUUGAGAAAUCACUGAAUGAACUGUUAGAAGCUGAACUGAAGAAGUUUCGGUGGCACUUAAAGAAUGAUCAUAAGUCUAUAUCAAUGUCUGAUGUGGAGAAAGCAGAUAUCUUAGACACAGUGGAUAAGAUGGUAGCACGUUUUGGACCAGAAGAAGCUGUGAAGAACACAGUGGAGAUCCUGAGGAAGAUGAACCAGAAUAAUCUGGCUGAGCAGCUGGAGAACAAACACAAGCAAGAUCAGGCUAAAGAAAAUACGAUGACAUCUGCCCCCGUUGGAGCUCCUUCUAAAGAGAAAUGUGGCUCAACUGCAGACAACAGUCAAGAUGCUCUUCGUGAUUUCAAAGAUUCCAGCCUCAGACUGAAGAACAAAUUAAAACGGGAAUACAAGCAGAUAUUGGUUGGUAAUUCACAGACAGGUCAUCGGGAAUACCUGAACGAUAUUUACACUGAUUUAUAUGUGGUGGAGAAUGAGACCGGAGGACAAGUGAAUGACCAUGAGGUGAUACAGAUCCAAUCAAAUCACAACCGAUUGACUGCCAAGGAGACACCAAUCAAGUGUAAUGACAUGUUUAAAAUCCAGUGUGACACUGGUCGACAAAAUGGAAAAAUACUGACAAUAGGGAUUGCAGGAGUGGGAAAAACUGUCUCUAUCAAUAAAUUCAUCCUUGACUGGGCUGAAGGAAAAGAAAACCAGGAUAUAGUCUUCAUAUUUCCACUUCCAUUCCGUAGACUUAAUUUGAUUAAAGAAGAGUACAGUCUCGUGGGACUGCUUAACAAAUACUUCUUUAGGAGUCCUGAAGAACUGUCCUCUCUUCCUGGAGAUGAUGGUAAGGUCAUGUUCAUCUUUGAUGGGUUGGAUGAAUGUCGCUUCCCUCUGAACUUUAAAGAGGAUGACGCAUUUAUAGAUUUUAAAGAAAAAACAACUGUGAGUAAGAUAAUUACAAACCUUAUCAAGGCACAUCUGGUUCCCUCUGCUCUCAUCUGGAUCACAUCCAGACCAGCAGCAGCUGGUCUCAUACCCCGAGACUACAUUGAUAAAGUGACAGAAGUGCGAGGAUUUAACGAUGAGCAGAAAGAGCAAUACUUCAAAAAUAACAGCAGUCCUGAGGUUUCUGAAAACAUUAUCCGUUAUAUAAGGAAAUCCAGGACCUUGCACAUCAUGUGCCACAUCCCUGUCUUCUGCUGGAUCUCUCUCACUGUUCUUGAGCCUCUACUGGCUCAAGAGAGCAAUGACAAAUCUCCCACAACUCUCACAGGGAUGUACACAAACUUCUUACUUACUCAGCAGGAACAGAUGGAAAAAAAAUACAAAGAUAAUCAUGAACCUAUAGCCAAAGUUGAGUCUUUUGAUCAGAUUAUUCUAAAGCUUGGGAAACUGGCCUUUCAACAGCUGGAGAAAGGUCAACUGAUUUUCUACAAAGAAGAUCUUGAGGAAUGUGGACUAGAUGUCAGUGAAGGGACAUUGUACUCAGGGCUUUGCACCCGGAUGUUUCAGGAGGAAAAGGUUUCAGCAAGAAACGUUUACAGCUUCGUACAUCUCAGCGUACAGGAAUUUCUUGCUGCUCUCUACGUGUUUUUGAUUAGCAAAAACAAGAAAGAAAACCCAUUUGUGGAAUCCUGGAGAGAGAACCUGACAUGGAAACUCUCCAAACAGCCACUGUUUCAGCUUCAUAAGGCUGCGAUCAACAAGGCUUUACAAAGCGAGAAUGGACACCUGGACCUUUUCCUUCGGUUCUUUCUGGGUCUCUCUAUGGAAUCCAAUCAGAGAGACCUAAAGGUAAUGCUGCCAAAACUGAAACUAAAAACAGAGAAUGUUAAAGACACUGUUGACUAUAUCAAACAGAAAAUAGAGAUGGAAAAAUCAGUAGAGAGGACCAACAAUCUCUUCCACUGUCUGAGUGAACUGAAAGAUGACUUUGUGGAAGAAAUCCAGAAGAACCUGAACUCAGGAAAUCUUUCAGCACAGAAUCUCUCCUCUGUUCAGUGGUCUAGCCUGGUGUUUCUGCUCCUGAUGUCAGAAGAAGCUCAAGAGAAGUUUGAACUGCAGAAAUACAGAAGAUCUGAUGAAGCACUAAUGAGACUGCUGCCAGUCAUCAAAAACACCAAAAGAGCACUACUACAGUGCUGUAAUCUCACUGCUCAGUGUUGUGAGAGUUUGUCAUCACUUUUACAAUCCUCAAACUGUGUUCUGAGAGAGCUGGAUCUGAGUAACAAUGACCUGCAGGAUUUAGGAGUGAAGCUUCUUUCUGAUGGACUGAAGAGUCCAGCCUGUCAGCUGGAGAUAUUGAGAUUUUCCAUAUGUAAUCUCACUGCUCAGUGUUGUGAGAAUUUGUCAUCAGUUUUACAAUCCUCAAACUGUGUUCUGAGAGAGCUGGACCUGAGUAACAAUGACCUGCAGGAUUUAGGAGUGAAGCUUCUGUCUGAUGGACUGAAGAGUCCAAACUGUAAGCUGGAGAUACUGAGAUUGUCUGGCUGCAUGUUGACAGAGGAAGGCUGUCGUUAUGUGUCUUCAGCCCUGAGUUCAAACUCCUCACAUCUGAGAGAGCUGGAUCUGAGCUACAAUCACCCAGAAGAUUCAGGAGUCAAGCUACUCACCGAUACACUCAUCCAUCAAAACUGCCCAUUGGAUAAACUCAAAGCAAAGUUCCACACACGAACAAGUCUUCAGCCUGUCCCUCUCCACCAGCGUCUCACCUCUGGCUUUAUGCAUGCUCUCCAUGCCAAUUGCUGAAAAAAGACACAGGUGUUUGUCAUUUGAACUUGACCCACUUACUCAUCGCUCGUCUCCAAACUCUCUCCCGCUGCAGACCUCAACCAGUGAAGCAGAUCAUCAUUUAUCUGAGUUAUACACUUUUGUAUACUUCUGUGGUAAAUGGAAUAUUUGUAAAAGAAAUAAUGAUACAGUGUAUUUGAAAAGAUUGUUUGUGAAGCUGUUUAUAUCUAAACAUGACAACUCUCUCUAGACAAUGGUAGUGCAAAUGCAGAUUUGUGAAUCGUUGUCCUUUAGGAAUUAAUCAUGUGGGUGAUGAAAUCGAGAACGAAAUCUUUUAAAGACUAAUCGUGCAGCUUUGUGCUCCUCUCUCUCUCCCUGCAUUGACGUAUACAAGUAGCGUGAGGGCUUUUCAGUGCACAGGAAGUGACAAAGUCACGCCGUCUUUGACAGACCGAUAAUUAACAGCUGGACAUCCAAACUCUCACCUAUCAUUUAUUGACCUCAAAUAUGGCUUAUUUCAAACAUGUAAGUAGCAACUUUUCAUGGCCGCAUGCUUUAAUGUUAACAUAGAAAUAAUUUGCAUUUAAAAUACUCAAUCAUUUUUGCUCAUACAGAUAAGAGUAAUACAUCUUUUGAAUCUGUGAAGAGUCUACUUUUAUUUGUGUGCACUCACAAUAACAUCAAAACCUUGUGCUUUUGUAAAAUAAUGAAAGCAAACAGGAUGUGCUUUCUGCUGUCUGUCUGUCAACUUGAGUGCACCAAAAGAAGAAAGAAAAAGAAAAGAGGAACCAAAACUCCAUGUAAGCUUGUCUCACAGACAUAAAAAAUAUAGAAGUGACUUUUAAAUGAACCAAUUCAAAUGGAAAACAAAUAUUUGGUUAUGUAAUUAUGACAAGUCAGCAUCGUCAACUUCAUCACUGCAGCCGAAAAUACAGAAAACACUAGUUUAUCAAUUAAUUAUUAAAAUGUUAAAGCAGUCUCCUUGCUGUUUUUCCUCUAUGGAUUCAGAAUCAUUACUUCUGCUGGUCCGCUGUGGCAAGGUUUUAGUAGCGGGAAGUUCGAAACAUUUUACUGAAUCAGAUCUUUGAGUCUCGUUUACCAAAAUGAACAAAUCAUUUUUCAAGUCAUUUCAUUCAUUUAAACAGAAGAUAACACUUUAUAAUAACUCACGCUAUGAAGCAUUAGUUAAGCACUAGUAAAUAUUCAAUUCAUCAUU